GAGGAGAGGGAAGCGCUCGCGGUGCUCCCUGUCUUCCCCCUUCCCGCAGCUCUGUAAGCGACACCGGCCUCAUUAAUUAAUUAAUUAACGGCGUCCAGCGCCGGCUCCCGCUCGGAAAAGGCGCCUGGAAAAGCAGGGCCGGGACCGCUCCCCAGGGCUGCGUUAUCCACAAAAUCCCGGGCUCGACAGGAGCUGGAAAAAUCCMGGGAAGGGAAGAUGGCGUGGGAUCCACCCUGGAAUCCUCCUCUCUCCUGCCUGGGGUUUUCCUGCCUCAUCCUGGCCCGCUCCAGAGGCUCCCUGGCGCAGUUGAUCGAGGCCACCACGGCGCCUCCGAAGAAGAAGCCGGAUCCGGUGACAUCGGAGACCGUGGUGAUCUGGGGGCUGCGGCUCUGGCAGGUGGUCGGGAUCUUCGCCCUCUUCGUCCUGUCCAUCAUUAUCACACUGUGCUGCAUCUUCAAGUGCCGGAUUCCGCGGACGCGGAAGGAGAUCGAGGCGCGCUACGCCCAGCGCAAGGCGGCCAAGAACUACGCGGACAAACUGGAUGGGGUGCCCCCRCUCAAUGAGCUCACUGAGAUCCCUGGAGCUCAGCCUGUGGAAACAAAAAAAGAGGAAGAAGUUGCCACGGUAUCCGGAAAAGUGGACAAGGCUCAGGGGAAGAAGGAUGGAUCCAAAGACUCCAAGAAGAAGGAUGGGGAAAAGGAGAAGGAAGAAUCCAAAAAGGAAGGGAAGGAUGGAAAAAAGAAGGAAGGAGAAAAGGGGGAAAAAGGAGAAAAAGGUGGAAAAGAAGAAAAAGAAGGGAAAGGAGAAAAGGGGGGCAAAGGAGAAAAAGGAGGAAAAGAAGAAAAAGAAGGAAAAGGAGAAAAGGGGGAAAAGGGAAAGGAUUCAGGUGACAAGAAACAGGGAGCUGGGAAAAAGGGGGAAAAAGAAGGCGAAGCUGGAAAAUCAGGUGGCAAAGCUGAUGGAAAAGCUGGKGGGAAUUCCAAAGCUCCGGCAAAGAAGAAGUGACCUCCCUGAAGGACAGGGCUGGAACUUUUUGGGAAAAGCUCUGGCAAAUGGCUGUGGGGGGAGCAGGCAGGACGUGCUUUCCCAGAUAUUCCAGCUGUGGAGUGCUGCCAGAUGCAUGGAUUUAUUCCCGUUUGGAGAUCAAUCCACCGGGAUGUGGCUCUCCAAAGGAAAACUUGGACAUUUGGCUGGAUAAUAAACAAAAAUAUCCAGUGGGAACAGGRACAGAAGCAAACUGGAGCCUGGGAUGGGAGUCAGGGCUUUGGAUAAACAUGGGAAUGCACAGGGGUUAGGAUCCACAGGAGAAUGGGAUCCAUCCCAGGUUUGUUCUUCCUGAGGACCUGGAGAAAUUGGAAGAAAGAUUCCUUGGCACCUCCCCACUGCAAUCUGCAGCUGGGGAAUUUUAGAGAUUAUGUAAAUCCUGGAAAAAUCCCAAAGGAUGGAGCUCUCCAGGUUGUAGCUCCCGUGGAUUCCAGGAGGUUGUUUGGACACAYGGGAAGUUUCCCUUCCUUUUCAGGUGCCUCUUUUCCCUGGAUUGCUGCAGGUAACAUGAGGAAUUCCAUCUCUUCCAGGAGAUUUAUCCACCUGUUUCCCUAUUUUUUGCUGAGGAAAGCCAGUUCUGAAACCAGGAAUUYUGCUGCACUUCCAUGUGGCUGUAAUUCCCUCCCUUCCUGGGAAUUCCUGCCAAGAGGUUUUCUCAGGAAAAGCAUUUUUCCAGGUUGUUUUUGUAAAUAUUCCAGCAAUUUAUGCCUUAACAUUUCCAGCCAUGGGGGAUUUGGCUCCAAAGCUAUAGCAUGGAAAUCCUUGGGAUGACAAAAGCUUGGGAUAUCCACUGGCAUGGAAUUGUCUGCUCCAUAAGGUGAAUUCCAGGCCUUUAUUACUAAAUCUCAGGAAUGGGAUUUAAUUUAUAUUUAAUUGAUUUUAUUCCAGCUGUUAUAUCUUCCUGCUGUUUUUCCAACAUGGAUUUAUCACUGCAAAGACAUUUCCCACUUUUCCCAUGAA